CAGUCGCUUUAUCACAGACCCAACGGCAAAGCGGCGACGGCGGUCAGUAUCCUCCGCGCAUCCAGCCCAGGAGUGAUCUGCUACCGGCAGACGAUACCAACGGCCAAAUGAGCGGCCCAGAUGCAAACGCCCGUCGGUUCCAUCCCUACAACGAUCGCUCAGGCGAUCGAUCUGGCUUGACCUCUCAGCCGAGGCCACCCAGAGCGCCCGGUUCUCAGCAACAACAGUACGACAAACGCCAUGCUCCAGGCAACCCAGCCCGAUCAUCGUACCCUUCGGCUCCAUCGCAGCACGACGACCCGUCCCAUGCUCGCCCCAGGAGCCACCCAGACCAGCGCUACAGCUCCAACGACCUGCAUACCGAAGCCAAUCAGUCGCAAACAUUGCCGCCCAGUCGCCGAGACUGGGAUCGAGAUCGAGAUCGAGACCGAAACCGAAACCAAAGCCAAAGUCAAAGCCAAUACCGAGACCGAGAUCGAGAGUCUCGUCCGGAUGAACGAUAUCGCCCGAGGCAGGAGCGCCCUGCAGAUCGCAGCCGGCCCGACAUCGGUGAGGAUCGACGUCCAUCACCCUUGUACUCUUCGUCGUCUUCGUCGACGUCGCAUUCGGCGCAUGGACAAUACUCGAGGAACCCGAACCUGCCGAUGUCUCCGAGCCGCUCCAGCCAACACUUUCAACCAGGCCGCCCGGUCACGACCAGUCCUGUCAACAUGGGUCGUGCGGGCUUGCGGCCGGACAGCACCCACCCAGCUGCGUUUCAUGGACGAUCCAUGCCUCGUGGUGACUCUCGCAAUCAGCCAGGGGCUUCGCCAGCGCCGUUGAACACCAGAGGCCCGACCAUGAGUCAUAGCCCGGUACGGAUCGGCUUCGAUUACUCGACUCAACCUAGAAGACAUUUGCCCUGCACUUACUGCGGGCUCCCGAUCGGCGUCCCGGCUGUCCUCCAAGACCCGCGCGACUCCAAGGUGGUCCAGUUUGGCGAGCAGUACAACUCGUAUUUCCGAGUCGUCCACCAGAGCGAGCCGGCGGCGCACCACCGAUGCUCGGAGCUGGCGAUGGAGUGGUUCAAGAUGCUGGCGUUCAUCAGCCCGACGACGCUCAACCAGCUGACGGCAUUCAUCGACUAUCACGGAAGCGAACACAGCUUCCAGUACGACACGGUGUUGUGCUCAAAGAUUGUGUUCAGCAAGGAAAUGCAAUGGUACGGCCGGCCUCUGGACGACUUUGUGCGGUCGAUUGGGAUGAUCAAGAGGCCUGAGGGGCUGAUGCGGACGUUGAAGGCCAACUGGGCAAACAAAAACGCCCGAAAGCCGGACGAUCCGAUCUACUUUCGGCCAGAGUCCAACGGGAAGAUCGACACCCUGCUCGUGGACAGCGAUAUUGGGAUCAUGCUCCGGAUCCUAUCGCAUAUGCCGAUGAAGGAGCUACUGAACUAUCGACUGGUAUCGAGGUCGAGCAAUUACUUUGUGCGGUAUCUGUCGCAGCCGAUCUGGAGGGGUUGGAUCGGAUUCCACGGACUGAUGCCAUGCGGGUCGGACCACCAAGGAGAUAGGGGCAGCGGGGGUUGGCCGAACGGGCGGAACGAGCAGCGACACCAGCAUCAGCUGCACGGAAAUCGGGCGCCAGGAGGUAGCCAACGCCCGAUGACGAUCUCGGAACUUGGCCAGGCCAUCCGCAACGAGCGAUUGGAUCUGUUUGAGUACCUGAGACAGUCGUGGGGCAACGAGUCGAUGCGUAAUCGCAUGAGAGUCCGGGAUGUGGUGCGACAGUUUGAGAACUUGUAUACGUGGAAUAAAGAGCAGCUGGCUUGAAGAAGAUGAAUGCAGUGGGGGAGAUGUGGUCGGAACACGGAGUGGGAAGGUGUGGUGGAUUGUUUGACGAAGCAGUGCCGUUGGUGGCGU